AUGCCUCGAGCUCGCGCUCGCAGACCCUCGUCGUCCGGCUCUGGUGCUGGCUCUGGCAGGAUGAUACCGAACGGCAGCGCGGACGGGCAUGUCUUCCAUGUCGUCGUCCUGGAUACCCAGGGAGCAUCGGGCGGACCGCGAGAAGAUACAGCAACGGGCAUGCUCGUCCGAUCCACAGCUACAGACUGGGCCAGGGGCUCUGUCGUGGCCGUCGACGCCGGAACGCUGCUGUCAGCCAUCAUCCGCAUCCUCGAGACCGACUCGCCCUCCGAGCUCGACACAGACUCUUCCCACGCCCGUACGCACCUCCACGGACAGCGGAGGGUGGUCUCCUCGGGGCCCUUCGCCGGCCUGGAGCUGCCGUUUGUCUCCGCUGAGGCAAACGCAGCGUAUAUCUUCCGUGACAUCCUCGCCGCAGUGCUCAUCACACACCCGCAUCUCGACCACGUAUCCGGCCUGGCCAUGAAUACGCCCGCCGUCGAGGCCCAGUCGGGGCCCAAGACGGUCGCGGCGCUGCCCUCGACCAUCGCGGCGUUAAAGAACCAUCUGUUCAACGAUAUCACCUGGCCGAACCUGUCGGAUGAAGACGGCGGUGCCGGACUGAUCACGUACCAGCGGCUGGUGGACGGAGGAAAUCAGCGUCUUGGACGUGGUCCGGCAAAGGGAUAUGUGAGGGCUUGCGACGGGUUGAUGAUCAAAUGUCUCGGUGUGAGCCAUGGGAGGUGUAGGCAGCGGUACAAUCCUGAGACAGAGAAGCAUCAUCGAGCUGAAAGCACAGUGUUUAUGACUGAUCCCGUACUGUUCCCGUCACGGCGGGUUUCGAUCGACGCCUCCUCGUUACGGUCGUAUUCUCCAUCAACUCAAGCGCAGCAACUCUCUCUUAGCACAAACGGGAAGGAUAGCUCGAUAUACGCGACGGUCGAGAGCUCGGCGUUCUUCAUCCGGGAUGAUCUGACGGGCGCCGAAAUUAUUAUCUUCGGAGACAUAGAGCCGGACUCGAUAUCGCUGGAGCCUCGCAACGAGCGAGUCUGGGAAGCAGCUGCUCCGAAAAUCAACGAUGGCUGUCUGCGUGCGAUAUUCAUCGAAUGCUCAUACACCGACGCUGUGGAAGACAGCGCUCUCUACGGCCAUCUAUGUCCUCGCCAUCUGAUUGCGGAACUCGAGGUGCUCGCCGGGAAAGUCCUUGAUUCCCAAAAGCCUCACAAGGGAGACUCAAGAAAGCGGAAACGAGCAUCUUCUUUUACCGGGCUUCCUCCCCCAGCGGCACCGCCAGCAGAGCAGUCCAACGCACCGCUCAGUCCAAAGUCAAAGGAAAACAAAUCGCCGUUUGCCGCUCCUUCAGCUCCCAAGACAAGGUCGGCCACAAUAGCAGAUUCCGCUACAUCACGACAUAACACCCGCCAGUCCGCCGAGAGGGUAGAAUUCCCUACGGCCUACGCUCCCCAGCCACAAGGGAAAAGACAUUCUUAUUCCACUUCUUCUGCCCCCGGAGUCCCUGACCCAAUGGCCAUGGAUACCACGACAGAUUCACCUACAAUCUCAGGCCCUCAAACCCGUUACCGCACAUCAAUAGGCGGAACUGCUCGCCCUCUACCUCUACAGGAUCUAACAGUGUACAUAAUACAUGUCAAAGAUACCCUUACAGACGACGGUCCGCCCCGGGACCAGAUCCUAGCUGAACUACGUCAGUUAGGUGAAGAAGCCGGUUUGGGAUGCGAAUUCCACGCUCCCUUGUCCGGUGAGGGAGUGUUCAUCUAG